AAAUCCAUACAUUUAGACAUUUCAGGCGAAGACUGUUCAAAAGGUAACUUGGGACACAAGAAUUCUAACAGCUAGCUAAGUUCUCAAGAUUUUAUUUAUCUUCUUCUUCCUCUUCUAAGUUGUUGUACGUACAAAGUGGUUAUGGGAUGGGAACUUGGUCCUGACUGGACGGAGUUGACUCAAGAAUGUCUCCUCGACAUCUUCUCACGGCUGAGCCUAGAAGAAAGAUGGACAGGACCGAUGUUCGUCUGCAAGACUUGGAUGAACGGGUGCCAAGACCCGUCGCUCAACUUGGUCUUCGAUCUCGAAACCAAAUUCCAGUCUCUCCCUGGUUCUCUCAGCUGUUGGUGGAGUCCCGAGUUCGGGGACAAAAUAGAUUCUGUCCUCCGGUCUGUUGUUGAUCGGAGCGAAGGCGGUCUAAAGGAGGUUCGAAUCAGACACUGUACGGACAGUUCUAUCUCGUACGUCGCCGAGAGGUGUCCUAAUCUCGAGGUACUUUCGGUUAAGUAUUGCCCUAAGGUUACAGAUGACUCGAUGUUGAAGAUAGCUUUAAUGUGCCCUAAUCUCAAAGAACUUGAUAUUAGCUUCUCCUACAAAAUAUCUUGUGUGUGUGUGGAUAUGGUUGGCAAGAACUGCAAGAACAUUCAGACUUUUAAACGGAAUUUGAUGGAUCCAGCCGAGGUCAUGAAAUCUGUGCCUAGUAACUAUAUGGAAGACCCAUCUAUCUUCUUGAUCUAUGGGAAUAUUGAUGCUUAUGUGAUUGGGAAACACAUGCAUCAGCUGAAGCACCUGGAACUUCGAUUCUCCACUUUGUCUGAUAAUGGUCUUGCCCAACUUUGUGAAGGAUGUUUGAAUCUAGAGUAUCUGGACUUGUUUGGGUGUAGUAAGUUGACUAACGAUGGUGUUACUAACAGUAUCUCAAACUUAAAGCAUUUGAAGGUGAUCAAGAUACCAAGUUUCCCAGCCUUUACUAUUUGAUUGAGUUCGUGUAGUUUGUGUUGCUACGUUUUUGUUUUCUUGUAUUUUAUUUUGUAAUUUUCGUGUGGCAACAACUGACAAACUCAACAAAAGAAUUGUUAGGCUCUAUGCUCAUAUUUUAAAUCCAUAUGAAAAUAAUUAUCUUAUA